CCCAGGCAACACCUAGCAAUCCAAAGACUCGUUUUCUAGAACUGGUUUCCAUUUCGGAUCGUGAUCUAGUGAAAAGGAGGUGUGGCUAUCAGUUUCUCCAGUGAAGGGAGGAUCUGCCACCGCACAAAAAAAUGCAGCAUUUCACCAGCCCUCGUCUAAUAAUCGGGUAAACCACAAUUUUUGUUAAAACACUAAUCUUGAACAUGCUCCCCUGUUAGCGUGGUCCAUGCACGAUCGGAUCUUCUCGGCCUCGAGUGGGCGAGCAAACGCGAGGAGCACCAGUGUCGCCAGAUAUGAUGGCAUCUCUGUGGUAGGAUGAGAAGUCCAGUGCCACGUUUCAGGGACGUCGAGAGGCAGGCCAGUGGCCUGCAGCCCGCACAGUGUCUUCCUCCCUGUCAUGAGCGACAGAACAACAUGUGGUUCAUCAGAGAUGCCUGCGGCAUCAUUUGUGCGAUCAUCACCUGGCUUCUCGUCGUCUUUGCCGAGGUCGUCGUGUUGUUCGUCAUGCUGAUUCCUUCGAAGAGCCUCACCUACAGCCUGGUGAAUGGCACCCUCUUCAACAGCCUGGCCUUCCUCGCCUUGGCAUCUCAUUUCAGAGCCAUGUGCACCGACCCGGGAGCCGUGCCAAAGGGAAACGCCACUAGGGAGUACAUCGAGAGCCUGCAGCUGAAGCCUGGCCAGGUGGUUUACAAAUGUCCCAAAUGCUGCAGUAUCAAGCCAGAUAGAGCUCACCACUGCAGUGUUUGUAAGCGCUGUAUACGGAAGAUGGAUCAUCAUUGCCCUUGGGUAAACAAUUGUGUCGGAGAAAAUAACCAGAAGUACUUUGUGCUUUUCACAAUGUACAUUUUCCUGAUCUCUCUGCAUGCCUUGGUCAUGGUGGUCUUUCAUUUUCUCUACUGCUUUGAAGAUGACUGGACAAAGUGCAGUACAUUCUCCCCUCCAGCCACUGUCAUCCUCCUCAUCCUCCUGUGCUUUGAGGGCCUCCUCUUCCUCAUCUUCACCUCUGUGAUGUUUGGCACCCAGAUCCAUUCCAUCUGCACAGACGAGACGGGCAUAGAGCAGUUGAAAAAGGAAGAGAGAAGAUGGGCUAAAAAAACAAAAUGGAUGAACAUGAAGGCGGUAUUCGGACACCCCUUCUCGAUAGCAUGGUUUAGCCCGUUUUCCACACCCGACCACGGGAAAGCUGACCCCUACCAGUAUGUGGUCUGAGCUCAGGAAGCUUUAAGCUAGAGACUCGAGUGCACUUGGACUGACUUUAUAGAACAGCGUCUUUUUAUUUGUUUGUAGUCCCGACUUGAGCGGAGCAUUUACCAGUGAGACGAAAUCACCUUCAUCUUCUUUUUUUCAGGGAACAAAUCAUUAUCCUCGCCUCUAUUUAUUUCAAUUAAGAACAGAAAGCCAAUCCUUUAUCAUGUCAUAAUCCCAAGCAUCUCUGCCUAGCUACACCGAAAUGAAGAUGAAUGUUGCGCAGAUAAUAGAAACCAAUUUAUGCUAAUAUAAUCACCAUUGUAAUCCUUUCACACUGUCCACAGUGAUAACCUACUUUCUGAAGGUACUUUUAAGAGUUCUGUUAAUUCUUUAUACCUAGCUACAGUAUAGUACCCCUGCCCUUUCCUGGUUAAUGACGUAAGAGCACUGACAACCAUUCACUAAAAUGGUUUAUUAUGCAGAUCAAAUGUAUGAUACAGAUUUGGGUCGUUUAUACCAAGGACGAUAACUGUAAUGAUAACUAUAAAUCAUUCUAGUUCUAUGAAAAUAGAAUCACACUGAGGAACAAUAUCAUUUGAAUCCAGCUCAUGAAUUAUUGAAAACAGUGACGACCAAUCAGAAUCCACCAGACUUUAAAGCACUUGUAAAAAAACAGAACAGCUGUUAUAGUUAUAGUUAUCCUUAUAUUUAUCAUUCUUGGUGUGAACAGGCCUUAACAUUAUUGACUUUGGCUGUAGAAAAAAUUGUAUAUAAACAAUAUAGGAUGUUUAAUAGGGGUAAAAAUAUGUUCUGAUCAAAAAUGGAUUCAAAUGAUUCUAUACUAAAUGAUGCAGUCAUAAUUUGGUUUGAUUUUAUUU